AUAUCGCAGCCGUGUCGGUGGAGCAGUGUCGCAGCCGCUACCAAGACAUGAAGAAGAAAAGUCACGCCAACGAGAAGAUCUUCAGCGCCCAAUUUAUCCACGCCGACUGCGCCAAGGAGGUUCUGUCGGAGAAGCUGGACGUCCCGGACCUGAUGUUCGACAUCUGCAGCUGUCAGUUUGUUUAUCAUUACUCCUUCGAGAGCCAACAGAAGGCUGACUUGAUGCUGAGAAACGCCUGCGAGCGCCUUAAACCCGGAGGUUUCUUCAUCGGAACGACGCCAGACGCUUUCGAACUUGUCAAACGUCUGGAGGCAUCGGAGUCGCUGUCGUUUGGUAACGAAGUUUUUAAAGUCUCCUUUCAGUCGAAAGGCUCCUACCCGCUGUUCGGAUGUCAGUAUCACUUCAGCCUCGAGGACGUUGUCGAUGUUCCCGAGUCGCUCGUCUACUUUCCUCUGUUCGAACACAUGGCGAAGCGGUACAACAUGCGUCUGGUGUUGAAGCAGAGAUUCUGUGAGUUCUUUGAAGAAAAAGUGAAGAAGGAGCAUCAUCGCAGCCUCAUGAUGAAGAUGAUGGCUCUCGAG